AUGUCUACCUCUACUUCCACAUCAACUGCUCCUAUUAAUAACAUCAAAAUUCUUGCAUAUAAUAUUCUAAAAACCUUCAAGGAUGGCAUUAUUAAGGGUAAAAAAAUUACAGAACUAAGGCCAUGCUCCAAAUAUGAUAAUGAUAUUUUAAUAUCUCCUCUCAAAGCAUUCACAUACCUAGCAUGCAGACACCUUUUUCAUAGACUCUGUAUCGAAAAAAAGCUUUUACUUACUGUUCCAAACACAUGUCUAUUCUCGGGUUGUGGAGAGAAUGUGGAAAUAUUAAAUCAAGCCAAUCCUCUUGGUACUGUUUCCAAUUUGCUGUUUACUAAUCCCAAGGAGGCCUCCCAAUCAACUGAAAUUUCACCUUUGAUAGGCGAAACAUUCGUCCUAUCUUCACCACCUAUACGGAUGGAAGGGAUGGAAGAGAUCGAGAAUACAGCAACCCAACAAGUCAAAAGUAAUUUGAGGUGUGCCAAAUGUUCUGAAGAUCUUUCUUCAUGUCUCCUAUCUAUAGGCUUUCUUCGGUUCUCUCCCCAACUUCAAGGCCCCUUGAAACCACUCAUAUACUUAACCUGCAAACAUAUCAUCCAUUACAAUUGUAUCGAUAAUCCACAAAAACUAUGUCCUAUAUGUCCAUCAACUAAUAUGGAACCAGAAGAGGAAGAAGAAAUGAGUGUUGAUGGCGAAGAACAACCUGAUACCAGCAGUAAAAAAUGUUCUAAUGAAACUUAUCAAGGAAUUGCCACUUUAAUUCCACAGCAAAGCUCUUCUGGUAGUAUUAUUUUUCUACAGACAUUCCCUGAUAUAGAUAUUAGCUCGGUUAAUUUUCGUGAACUAGAUAAUAAGAUCAUCAAUGCCGAAGAUGGUAAUAAAAAAACUAUUCUAGAAGAUACGUCCAAUUCUCUAGUUAAUGAUAAAAUUCAGGAGCACUUUCCAGACCAGGACAAAGUUUCAGAGGCUAAUCUUAGAAAAAGGAAAGAAAGUGCAAUAAAAAUCUUUAAACUCUUUGAUGGGGUUGGAGGAGAAGGAAAGAUAUAUUGUAUUAAGUCUUUUUCUGUGUCAACUAUUUCGAGACUGGGCGUGAAUGAUAUUGAUUAUAUAAAAGCUAAGUGA